CGCGGUGGGCAAUGAAAGCUGGAGCAGAGGUUGGCUGCGACAGGACACAAUAAGCUGCCGUCGACGAAGAAAAGUUGGGGUCUAUGUUCCGCGAUUCGGCCUUCGGUCUGUGGGUCUUCUUGUUACAUAGAAUUAGACGGUAGGAGGAAGGCAAAUGUUUGGAGAGGGGACAGGAGGAGGAGCAGCUGCGGCAUCACCACCUGUACUUGUGCCUACACGUUUUGUAUGGACUCAUGGUGGACGUCGGGUUCAUCUGUGUGGUUCAUUCACCAGGUGGCAGGAGACAAUGCCGAUGUCGCCCAUGGAAGGUCUGCCAACAGUGUUCCAAGUUGUCUGCACACUUCCUCCUGGGUACCAUCAGUAUAAGUUCAUUGUUGAUGGUGAGUGGAGACACGAUGAUCAGCAGUCGGUUAUGUCCGAUCCUCUCGGAAACGUAAACAAUUGGGUGCUUGUUAAGGAACCGGAGCAUUUGUCUAGUGUUGAGGGUUUGGGACAGUUAGGUGCCAGUAUGGAUGUGGACCACGAUAUGCCUCCCCUUACGGUAUUAUCCUCUCUCCCUGAAACGUCGGGUUUAAGACUUGAUGAUCACCAUCAAGUUCAGCAUCAUUUGCAAGCGACAUUAUUACCUGAGGUACCCGCGCUCUCUGAGGGUGAUGCCGAGGCUUCGAGGCAACGUAUUGCAGAUUUUCUUCUCCGUUAUACAGCGUAUGAGCUGCUUCCAGAGUCUGGAAAGGUCGUUGCGUUGGAUGUUACCUUGCCCGUGAAGCAGGCGUUUCAUGCCCUCUAUGAACAGGGCCUUCCAGCAGCUCCGUUGUGGGAUUCAGAUAGGCAACAGUUUGUAGGAAUGCUUAGUGCUGCCGACUUCAUUACCAUUUUAAAACAGCUUGGAAGCAAUGGAGCAAUCUUGGCAGAGGAUGACUUCGAUACACACACCAUUGCCGCAUGGAAAGAAGAGAAGCUUCAACUUGCCACGCAGAUGGAUGGGUCUCGCAUGAGUCCCCGACGACCUCUUCUCUAUGUUGGACCUGAUGAUUCUCUUAGACAAGUGGCUGAUCGGUUAUUGGAGCAUGAGGUGGCCAUGGUGCCAGUUUUGCACUUUCCUCCGCAAAAUGGUUCAGUUCCUCAGUUAUUACAUCUGGCAUCCCUUUCAGGGGUACUCAAAUGCAUGCAUAGACACUUUCGGAAUGUUCCAGGCUCCUUACCUCUGCUAUCACAACCCAUUGGGGCGUUGCCUCUUGGAACUUGGAUUCCUGAGAUCACUGGAGACGCGGGUGGUCCACAACUUGCAGUACUUCGUCCAAAUGCAACUCUUUCCAAUGCCCUUGCAUUACUUCUCCGAACCGGAGUAAGUUCUCUUCCAAUUGUGGACGAGCAUGGGUCCCUGGUGGAUAUCUACUCAAGAAGUGACAUUACAGCGUUGGCAAGGGAUAGGUCGUAUGCCCAUCUACAGCUUGAUGUAGUUACUGUAACUCAGGCUUUGCAGAUAGGUGCUCAAGACUGGGGUAACGGUCCUGGGGGACCCACUAGUGCCGGCAAUCGAUUGCACAUGUGUGUUCGUUCAGAAAGCCUGCGGUCUGUGGUUGAGCGAUUGGCCCAUCCUGGUGUACGGAGGUUGAUUUGUAUUGAGGCCGGCAGUAAGCGCGUAGAAGGAAUAAUUUCUCUGAGAGAUGUAUUCAACUUCUUGCUUGGUUAAUAGGUGUUUGAUUCUCUCUAUUGUUUCAUUUCAGCGUGGUCAAUGUAGUUUUGGUCCCCUGUGUCAGGCUAAAGAGAUUUGGCCCUGGGGAUGCUGCCAUCAAACAUGGCCUAAUUGGAUGCGUACACAUAGAAUGAUUAAAGGGUUCCCAUCACUCAUUUUUUUCUCUUGUUCAUCUCAUCUCCAUGAAGCUUCUGGUAUGAAAAGUGAGAGUUUCAGUAUAUGUUGGCUGUCUAAUAAUCUCAGGCUGAGGUGAGAUGAUCUUACAGUUCGACAGUGAAGUUCCCUGAUCGAGAAUUUCUCAUGGGAGAACCCUUUGUGUCGUACGGUGUAGGAGAUAGUGAAGUAGAGUCGUCCCUGGGUGUUGUGGCACGAGGUGAACUAGUUCACUACAUGGUGCACUCUGUAUUGUGGGAGUAAGUUACUAUCGCAGAACAGUAUGUCUCCCUUGCUUCCCAUGAUGUCUUUGAUAAAUAUUGGGGGAGAGUGAGUCAUCUGCCAAGAUUUCCAACUGGUUAGUGGGAUGAAUGUACCAUCCUCUACCUAAAACUCUCGUGUAGAUUACAUUUGCCCAACAUUGUGUAGAAUCAGAAGACUCAUUUGAAAACAUCAUGGAAUUAUCACAAAUUCUG